GCCGCCCGCUCCCCCUCCCCCCCACCCCACCCAUUCGUUCCAGGAGGAGUUACAGAACAGGUGCGCCAGCGGCUUCCUCCUCUCCCCCUCUCAAUCCCCUCUCCCAAAUCAUUCAGAUCCGACGAUUUGGUCCGUGCAUUUCUUCACCAAUCCAUCCUAGAAGGUACUCUCCUCUGAUCUCCUUCUUUCUAUCCAUACAAAAUAUGGUAUUUUGAAGAUUUGGGAAAUUUUUGUUUGAUUUGAUUAGAUUUGAAUCUUACAUGUAUUAGAAUUUUGCAUGUAUUACAAUCCUUGUUUGUCUGAUUUGUGGAACCCUAGUUUAUUUUAUUUUAUUGAAAAGAUAUGGUUGGAUACAUAGAUUGACAUGUUAUUUCUAUGGAAAAGUUAUUUGUAUGAAGUAGGCCUAGUUUAGUUUAUUUGUACUGAAAUUAUACUCGUAUUGAGAAGAAUGCUUUGGAUACAUAUGCUUUGAAUCUUGCAUCUAAUAGGCCUACUUUAGUUUUUUUGAAUUGAAAAGAUAAUCGUGUUGACAAGAAUGCUUUGUUGAAAUUGUUAGGAUGUUUGGCUUCUCGAUGAUCAUGGGGACAAACAACACCGGUCGUACGCUAUGUCGGUGGAGCAGCGGGAGCUUGCACCUCUGAAGCUUCGGUCUCACGGGGUCACCCUUGGAUGGAUGCGCUAUGAUGAGUGGUACACACCGUAUGUAAGGGAGGCAGGACUUCUCCCUUUCAUUCAGUUGGUCCGCCGGUCGACGCCACCCAACAAUGCUGCAGCACUCACCGCGCUUAUUGAUCAUUGGAGGCCGGAGACACACACUUUUCAUCUUUGGACCGGGGAGAUGACCGUGACGCUCCAGGAUAUUGCUAUGAUCACCGGUUUUCUUAUCGAUGGGAAUCCUUUAUGUAUGAACACCGAUUCUGAUGGGUGGCGCGCACAGAUGCAUGCCCUUAUAGGUAUGGUUCCUCCGGAGCCUCGGGAACCAGAAGCAGAAGACAAGAAGAAGGAAAGAGUCGCAGUCGGCGCUACUUUCACGUGGAUAUCAUCGAACUUCAGUACUUGCCCUGAGGAUGCUAAUGAGGACAUGGUGAAGACAUAUGCUCGUGUCUACAUGUGGUACGUGAUAUCCAGGAUUAUGUUUGCUGAUGGCAUAGGCAAGAAUGCUCCAUGGAUGUGGCUGAAGGCGUUGACCGUCUUCGAUAGCAAAUGGAGUUGGGGUUCGGCGACACUGGCUUACUUGUAUCGACAGUUGGACGAAGCCUGUUGUAGGCACACUGGAGGUAUUGGUGGUUGUCUGCUCGCACUUUCCAUAUGGAGCUGGGAGCGUUUGCCGGUUGGACGACCGAAGACCGUGAAGUACGAGGAUUGGGACGACAAAGACGACCCACUAUGGCUCCCCAAGUGGGAUGUGUUAAAUGAGACGACGGAUGAUCCCUCGGUCAUGUACAAGUUGUACAAGAGCGAGCUGGACGCGAUCACGUCUGAGCAGGUGGAAUGGGAGCCGUAUGAAAAAGGAGAGAGUUUUGGUAACUCUAUGGAGUUCAGGCUGAAUCCGAUGUGCACUAGGGAUAGGGAUCUCUGGCAUAUGCGGUGCCCACUGAUAUGCAACUGGGCGGUUGAGCUUCACCUGCCACAUCGGGUGUUCCGCCAGUUUGGUUUGUUCCAGCCACACCCGCCGGAAUGGGAGGACACGGACAAGUUGCUACACGCGUUGGAUAGGAAAAAGCAGCGGAAGAUCAAGGAUUGGGCCAACCAUCACAGGAAGUAUGUCGUGCAGUUCGCUCUUAGUGUGGAGCAAGCAAGGGCUGGAAAACGAGCCCAGCUUUGUGAGCACUGCCCGAUCGCGUUCAACAACUAUCUCACAUGGUUUUUUGCAAGUGGGGGCGCCACACUGUACAGUGCAGCGCCUAGCCGCUAGGCGUUGCACGGUACAGUGUGGCGCCCAAAGGCUAGGCGCUGUAUAAACACUUAGCGAAUUUUUUAGCCCAAACUGGAGGCCUACCUUA